CGAUUGAAGUCGCUAAUUGCUUCUGUUAGUUAACUUGCAGAGCUCUUCCUCUGUUACUCAUCAAAGUUUUGAAGCGAAGGGAAACAUGGUGAGCAAAAGGCAAAAAUUGGCUCGAAAACGAUACAAGGAAGCAAAUCCGGAUAUGUUUCCUGGAUCAGAACCUACGGCUCCCAAAGACCCUAGCUCAAAAAAGAAGAAGAAGAUGCAGAAGAACAAGUUCCAGCGCAAGAAAUCAGAAAUCAAAGGACCAAAGACCCUGGAUAAGUCCAACAAACCAACCUUUAGAAAACAUCCUCUCAGAGUCCCUGGAAUGAAACCGGGAGAGAGCUGCUUCAUCUGCAAAGCCAAGGAUCAUAUUGCCAAAUUUUGCCCUGAAAAGGCCCAGUGGGAGAAGAAUAAGAUUUGCUUGCUUUGUCGGCAACGUGGGCACAGUCUCAAGAAUUGCCCGAAUAAGAAUAAUAAAACCAGCGAGAAAUACUGUUAUAAUUGUGGAGAACCUGGGCAUUCACUUUCUGAAUGUCUCCAACCUCGUCAAAAUGGAGGUACAAAAUUUGCAAGUUGCUUCAUCUGUAAUGAACGUGGACACUUGAGUAAGAACUGCCCUAAAAAUACUCAUGGAAUUUACCCUAAGGGUGGUUCUUGUAAAAUAUGUGGUGGUGUGACACAUUUGGCAAGAGAUUGCCCUAAUAAAGGAAACAGAUGUUCUAUUGCUGCUACUGGAGUAAAAAAGACAUUUUCAGCAAGCGAAGAUGAAGAAGAAUGGCCAAGAAAGCAGGUGCCUUCAAUGGUAGGGGGCGAUGAACUCGAAGAUGAUUUUUAUCAUCCUAUCGUUGAAGAUACUUCCAAGUCAAAACUCUUUUCUGUUUCAUUAGAAAUUGCAAAGAACAGCCAUGUAAAACUGAAGAAGAAACAAGGGCCCAAAGUUGUGAAUUUUGUGGGCACGUGGCAACCAGAAUGUUUAAUGGUGGACGUGAUCAGCCAAGCGACUAAUAGACCUCUUUAUUCAAUUGCUGUCACCUUUAUUUUCUCCCUCAAAAAUCUCUCCUUCUCACCUUUUUCUGUUCCUUCCCUCAAAACCCUCCUCUCAAUAACACCCAAAUUCAAGGAUCUCUCUUUCUCCUUAGUCCCAAAUCUUUCUCUCUUUCCAUUGAUUCAUUUCUCGUCUCUUUUCACCCAGGCGGCCCAUCUCUCAUUGGAGGACAGCAUGGCGAAUUCAUCAUCUGGAAUGGCAGUGAGUGAUGAGUGUAAGCUGAAGUUCUUGGAACUAAAAGCGAAGAGAAACUAUCGUUUUAUUGUUUUCAAGAUUGAGGAGAAGAUCCAACAGGUGAUGGUGGAAAAACUUGGGCUUCCUGAAGAGAGCUACGAGGAUUUCACCGCUAGCUUGCCUGCAAAUGAGUGCCGAUACGCCGUCUUUGAUUUCGAUUUCAUUACCGACGAGAACUGCCAGAAAAGCAAGAUAUUCUUCAUUGCAUGGUCUCCUGAUACAUCAAGGGUAAGGAGUAAGAUGCUCUACGCUAGCUCCAAGGAUAGAUUCAAGAGAGAACUGGACGGAAUUCAAGUGGAGUUGCAGGCUACAGAUCCCAGUGAGAUGAGCAUGGACAUCAUAAAAGGGCGAGCCCUCUAAAAUACCACACAUUCUCUGUGUCUCCUUCAACAGCCUCAACCUCAUCUCCUUGCUAGUUGCAACUGUUUUUAUAUUUUGUGAGCCUCUCCCUUUAAUUCUUUUGCCUUGUUUUUAAUGACUUUUAUGUGGGUUUAGAGUCUUUAAAAAAAAAAAAAAAAAAAAAAAACCAUUAAUGGGAUGUGAAACUAGCCAUUUGUAUUUUUUAAAUUGGAAAAUUUUCAUGGUUACAUUGCAAAUUUGCAAUCAGCCAUGGGCCUCGCUGUAUACAGACGAUGACACCGAUGGUACUGAUGAUGAUAUGAGGCUCUCUUUAAAUCUC